AUGUCUGUUCAGCCAUCCCUACCCGCUCAGAAUGUCCUCGACAUACCAGAGUUUGCCGACUACAACAGACUGGCUGUUGAAAUUGCUGAUCCUGAUAACUGGGCCUCAUGGAGUGUGCCAGACGGGUGGAAGUUGGCCGAGCAAGAUUUGCAAGAUUUCACGUCUAGGUGGCAUGGAACCAUCGAGUGCGGCCACCUCCUCGAUUCCGAGUCCCCAUCCCUACCCUUGCCCGCGUCCUUCACCUCCUCUCUUAGUCUACUAUCAAUCCUCGUCCGAAAAUCUUAUGUAAAGAUGUUCAAUGAAGUCUGGGAACGAGCAAUGUCAUCGGAUGGUGCCGUUGGCACUCUCAUAAUCGGUCAGCCUGGCAUUGGCAAGACCUUGUUCCAGUACUACCUCCUUGUUCGACUUAUACAGCAGAAGCAACCUGUGCUCUUCUCCCCGGAUGGCGAUAGGCUGUACCUCUUCUACGAUCGGCGAGUAUAUACAGGAUGGUUAUCCAAGGACCCAGGAUUAGAACUCCCUGAACCCAAAGUCACACCUUCGAAGCUCUUUAUCUGGUCAUUGUUCGAUAUCCGAGAGAAGAAGGAGCCAAAGUUGAAAUUGAUCUGCCGACCAUGUUUGCCAGUCCAGACAGCUUCACCAGAUCCAUGCCGAUACAAGAUCUGGGCUAAAGAAAAGAGACCUCUGGUCACCGGAUUGCCGUUAUGGACUCGCGACGAGCUCGCGCAAGGGCUGCGGCAUCAGGAACAGUACGGCUCCCUGUUGGUGGCGCUUCAAAAAGUUUAUGGAGGCCCCUCUCAGUAUCAGCGGGAUCCGCUACGGCCGUUCCCAGGUAUCCGUACGCUCCUCGAAGAAUUCAAAGAGGAAGGUGUGUCGUCAUCCCCAGAGGAUGCCCUCGACUACAUUCUGGAAGCCGCGAUCGACCGUUUCGGAUACUCCGCUCGUGAUGUGUUUCGUGCGGUCUUCGACUACGACGGGACCACCGAGGACCACAAGACAGCUUUCAGUACCGAAUACACUGUGUUGCAAAAAGCCGUGGACGCCCUCUCGCAUAAUAAAAGUGCCAUUCCAGACAUAUCCAAUCGGAUCCUCGUUCUCAUCCCUGUCCGUCGUGGCCCCUUAAUGAGGCCUGGUUGGAUAGUGGACUUCAAGUCGGACUGGGUCGCCAGGAGCAUGAUUGCGCAGCUGGAUGCUGCAGAAGACGCCGUGAUUCGCCAGCAAAUCCAUUUAUUUCGACGAGUACCAGAAGCAGUAGGAAUGGCAGGACGGUUCUUCGAGCCACUCGCUCAUCGUUAUAUAGCGAACACCUCCGAGGAUGACCCCUGGCCUCUUAUCAGCGUGGUCCUUAACAACUCUGAUCCACCACAGUUCAGUGUGGACCCAGACACUUGUGUUCCUGGUGAUGUACAAUUUGCCAAAGUCAAGCGCGAGGUCUUCAGGUUCCAGUCCAUCGAUGACCUGUCCGGGAAUCUGAAGAACAACACGUAUUACAUACCCAGAGAUCCUACCUUCCCGCUGUUCGAUGCUUUCACCGUCGAUCUUGACCAUUCGAAGACAGCCGUCUUGUGGAUUCUUCAGAUAACCACAUCACGAUUGCAUGGAGGCUCAUCGCUAGGUUACAGGAAGGUCCGCCGAAUUAUUGCAAGCCUGAAAAAUCAACUUCGAGAGGGCAUGCCGCCAGCAAAGACCAUGAAGGUUGCCGCUGGGCAGAGUGUUGCAACACCACUUGUGAAAGUAAACUAUCUUCUUGUCAUUCCGAAAGGUGAUGACUUCCAGAAAGUCUGCUGGCAAUUUCCGAAAGGAUGGAGUGAGAAUUGUAGGAGGAAUGACCACCGCGGCAAUGUCUAUUGUUUGAAGAUCUCACUUGCGGGCCCAAACAUCCUUUGA